GUGUCGCAUGUAAACCGUGUCACACAUUUAUGUUAUUGUUAUUGCUAGUGCAACACUCAAAGCGAUCGCAUCACACAAUUCGUGGCUCCUCCGUCUAUCAAAGAUACAACUAAUCAUGGUGGCGAUAACAAGUGGCCAAAAAUCGAAAACAAAUCAGUUACAAACAAUAUAAUGAGUGAUUCGAUUUGAACAACAAAUUUCAAAUUUUAUUUGUGUGUAAACAUUUGAAAACGUACAAAGUUGGAAGCAGAAACAGAAAAACAACUGAGAAAAAAACAAAACUAUAUAAACUAAAUGUUGAAAAUGCAAAUCUUUCUCAAAGUGUUUUGUAUAUUAGUUGCUAUUAAUGGCAAUGGAAUUUGUGGUAGCGAUAACGUUCAAAAAGAACUCACGAUACGAUCCAUCGAAGGGAAUUCAAAAUCAAGUGAUCAGCCGUUUAGAGUCAAUCUAACGUCUUUUUUAAAUUAUUAUGAACUAGCAUUGAACGUUUUACCAAUCGAUACGAAGGCAGUUUUAGAAGAUAAGUCAUCAAAUGAUGCAAAUGUUAAAGUGAUUGGCGAUGUCAUUGAAUCGCAAACAUCGAAAAAUAUACAGGCAGCAGGUAAAUUGACGACAACAUCAAGUCCAAAACUUCGAAAGGAAAAAAGUGAUCCGUAUGAAUGUCCAAACACAUCGGAAUUCUCAUUUUUUCCGCAUUAUUGCUCAAGACAUGCGAAUUGCCUAUCCAUCGGCAAAGAAUAUCGAUGCUGUCGCCAGUUCAAUAGCAAACGAUGUGUCAAAGGUGUACCGAAGCCAUUGAAAGAGCAACGCCAUGAACCAAUUCUCGGCCUUAUUCCACGAAAAUGUCCGAAAGAACCACUGGCUGAACUCUUCUGGGAAUUGAAGACGUGCAACACGGACCAUGAUUGUUGGCCUCGAAUUUGCUGUCCUGAUGGAACAAAUAAAUAUUGCAGAUCUGCGCGUCCAGAAUUGGAAAAUGUUCCCGUUGGAAAGCAGUUGGCAUAUCCCAUCGAUAUGUUGUCCAGCUAUUUGAAAUGUACACCGGCACCCCCAACGGCCUACGAUCUACAUCCGAAACCAUGCAACAACACAUUAGAUUGUUUUCCCAACGUAUGUUGUCAAGAAGAAGGGAGAAAAUAUUGUCGUCCUCCAAAAAAAUCACUACUAGCAUUUAUCACCAAUUUUGCCCAGCGCUUCAAUACCGGCGUUGUACGACAGUGGACCGACAACAUUGUGUUCAACCGAUAAGAAAAGAAAUCCGUAUCAUUUGUCUCACGCGUGCAUCAAGUCAAAAACGGAACCAAUCUCUCUAAGAGAUACAUGUGAUAUAAUUUUUUAGAUCGGCAUUGUUUUUUUUUCUUCUGUGGAAUUUCAUUUGAUAAAUUGCUAAGGUGAAUUUUUUCUAUUGUGAAAAUGUUAAAUCGUAAGCAUUAGUGACUGUAGUGCCAGGAAUCCAUUAUUGUUUUAGGGACAUGAAAUGUUAUUGUUCUAUUGAAAACGAAAUAAAUGUAACAGUUCCAUUUGUAAU